AUGGGCCGUCUGCGUCGCUCCAGGACUCACCACGCUCGUCGAGAUGUGCAGCGUGCUGCUCGGACCAGAGUGAGGACGAAGGAUCUGGAUCAGAUCCAGGAUGAUCUGAGGAUGAGCAACCGGGUCAAGUUGGAGAGCCAGCCGAUCGAUGAGGAUAAGCCGGGAUUGGGGCAGCACUACUGUGUUGAAUGUGCCAAGUAUUACGAAACAGAUCUGGCUGUGAAGAACCACUUGAAGAGCAAAGUGCACAAGCGCCGCCUCAAGGAGCUCCGAGACCCCGCCUACACCGUCGCCGAGUCCAAAGCUGGCCAGGGUGUCGACAACAAGCAGAGGGGCGUUGAGGAGGUCGUCAAAAAGAUAGAAACGAUGGGUGGGAUGGAGGAGGACAAGGCUUGA